AGGAGAUUGCCUCAAAUGCAUGUCAAAAUUACAUGCAUGCCACCAUAGCGUCGCUCUUAUCUGCCCAAACAAAACCCAUGAAGGGUAAACAGGUAAUUUAAAACAAAAUGGGUUAUCCGCUUUACCUCAAAACCGUUAUUAUCCAUCUUGUCUCCACAGCUCGUUCUUUGAGCUUCACAUUCCAAAGAAUAUUAAUACUACCUUCAUCUUUUUCUCGGUUUUUUGAGGGCAGCGUAUAUCUGGGUCUUUUGAGAAACUUCAUCAAUUGGAUUUUAUCGUAGGGGAUUUUGGCUUUUUCUGUACAGAAAGUUUCAAAUUUUGGUAUAGUUAUAUAAUGCCUUUGUUGGUUGAAAGUAAGCAGCUUGAUUGUUUGUCUAUUGUAAGUUGGAAUGUUUUAUUGCUAUUAUUGUUUUGAGAAGCCAAAAAAUGGUGGCUUCUAUACAUGUUAUUCUUAAUGAGCACUUCAAUUGUCUUAUGCCACAGCUUAGUGUAUAUUGAUAAAAACCCAUAUAGGAAACCUUUAUCUUCUACAAAUGCAUCCAAAUUUUUGCUUCAAUUGAGUAGUAAGAAGCGGAGAAGUUGUUAUUUAGUUCCAAAUGCAAAGAAAAAUGGCAACAGUCAUUCAAAGAAAAGAAGUUGGUGGCAAAGGUUCUUUUUUGAUGAUGAUGGCAAUUGGCUUGGUUUAAAAGAUGAUGAUAUGCAUGAGAUUGAGGAUGAGGUAUCAGAGAGUUCUAGUGAUGAAGAGUUGUCUGAAGAGGAGAAGUUUGAGGCAUGGAAGAGAAGAGCUGAGGCCAUUGUGGAGUUGAGGGAAGCACAAGAAGAUAUGUUGAAUGAGGAGAGUAAAAGAUGGGAGGAUUGGAUUGUGGAUGAUACUAAUGAUCAUAACGUCAAUGGUUCAUGGUGGAGUCAAGAUUUGGAUGGUAAUGGUGCAGCCAAUGAAGUGCGAUCAGAUCUUGUUCCAGAGAAAGGGUUUGUUCAGUCAGUUAGGGAUUUGGUUCUUGGUAGGGAAGAAGAGGAUAUAUUAUAUGAAGACCGAGUUUUCCGUUAUGCCUCUUUAAAUUCGGCUAAAUUUCUUGCAGUAUUGAUAUUUGUCCCUUGGGUACUGGACUUUGCUGUGCAUGACUAUGUACUUAUGCCUUUUCUUGACAGGUAUGUGAAGACUGUGCCACUUGCGGCACAGAUGCUUGACGUAAGAAAAAGUCAAAAGCUUGAAAUGGUUAAGGAACUAAAUACUGAGAAAGCAAGAUUGCGGUUUGAAGUAGAGAUCGGUAAAUCUCCACCUCUUUCAGAUGAGGAAGUGUGGUGGGAAUUACGGCAUAGAGCGUUAGAGCUACGGGAUGAGUGGAGAUUAGAGAACCGUAGAGCAUUUGCCAAUAUAUGGUCAGACAUGGUCUUUGGGAUCUCGUUGUUCAUCCUUUUAUGCUUCAAUCAGAGUAAAGUAGCUUUGCUGAAAUUUACUGGAUAUAAGAUAAUAAAUAAUAUUUCCGACACUGGCAAGGCAUUUCUAAUUAUACUUAUUACAGACAUUUUUUUAGGGUAUCAUUCUGAAUCUGGUUGGCAAACCUUAGUGGAGAUAAUUGUUGAGCACUAUGGGGUUGAAGCGGAUCAGUCUGCAAUAACUAUUUUUAUUUGCCUGGUUCCAGUUAUUAUCGAUGCAUGUGUGAAGCUUUGGAUGUUUAAAUUCCUCCCAAGAUUAUCUCCGAAGGUGGCAAACAUAUUCCGUGAGAUGAAGCGGCACUAGUGGGAUUCUUUUGUUAAUUGGUUUUGCUGUCACAGAAAAUACCAGCAAGAUAGGUGUUACUGCAUUUUUUCCCUACUCAAUUUUUUCCUUUCUCUCUCUUCUUCAUCUGUAUAGAGGCGUAUAUCUGGUGUUGUAUGCAUUAAAGAAAAUGAAAUAUGGUUUUAUAAACGUCAAGGACAAAAUGGAGGUCUUAGGCUAGGCCAUUGAUUGAUUUGGUCAGGAGUUUAUAUUUAUAUGGUUAUUCAAAUAACUUUCUUUCACCUGAAAUUAUCAGGAUUUGGUAGCAAUAAAAUCUAGAUUUUUUUUUUUUAA